CAUCCUGUUUUCCCACUGCGUCCAUUAUUGAAUUCCUCUGCAAUUUCCAUUUCUCUGUUAUUUAAUUCGAUCAUCGCCGCCCUUGUCUGAAAUCGCCAUUGUUAAUUAAUUGUUCUUCUUGCCGUGGGGGGGUUCGUCGUCUCGGCUCGGCUGGUCCUUUUAAGAAACAGGGAGCUAUUUAUUCUUGCAUUCUGGGAUUUGACAAUCUCGAAAUUAUUAGAGCUUUGUUUUGUUUGGAGAAAUUAAGGUAGUUCGAUUGUUUUUUUAAUUGGGGAAAUUAAAUGGCUGCUGCUGGUAUGGGGUGUGGGUCUGCAUCGGGCUCCUGUGCUGGAUUGAAAGGGUCUUCUUCUUCUUCUUCUUCGAGCUGGAGAGGCAGCAAGUCUAAGAGAAAGGGGUUAAGGGUUUCCUGUGUGUCCUCCUCUCCUGUCACUGAUUCUUACAGGACUUUAAGGAUUCAUCCUGGAGCAUCCGAAUCCGAGGUUAAGAAGGCAUUCAGGAAGCUUGCUCUUAAGUAUCAUCCAGACGUGUGCAGAGAGCAAAAUAGUGGAAGCCAAUUUCACCAAAUCUAUGAAGCAUAUGAUAAUGUGAUGAGCCAUCUGAAAGGGGAGACACCGCCGGAGAUGUUUGAACAGUACAAUGACAAUGUUGGAGGAGACGAUGUAAUGAGGGGAAUGUGCGACGAGGAUUGGGAUUUGUGGGAAGAGUGGAUGGGUUGGGAAGGAGCCGGGAUUCGUGACUACACUUCUCAUAUCAAUCCUUACAUCUAAACUCAUCGUCGGAUUGGAUUGGAUCGGAUUAUUUUUAUGACAUUGGUUUGAUGCAUAUGAUUAAGGAUGAGGAAGAAAGAAGCCCACAUCUUCUGAAUGAAUAAAUCUGUACAGACAGACAGAUGUGUGAUAGAAGAUGAUCGAGGUGUAUUGUAUUAUGUAUUAUGUAAUGUAACGUGUAUAUAAUAAUGUGUAUAUAUGUAUAUGUAUAUGUAUUUAUCUAUUUAUGAGUAUGUACAAAUUACAUUACAUAAUACAUUAUUGUUAAGUAUGAAUUAAGAGAAGGGAAAGGGAUUGUCUGAAUCGGCCAUUCUUUCCUUCCGAGUCUUCAAUGUGCAUAUGAAAUAAAUUCAAUCAAUGGAUGCUUUCUAUUUUUGUUUC